UGGAAGUACUUGUGGCAGGCCAGGCGAGUUCAACAUGAGCAAUCAUGAAUCAUCACAGCCACAAGCUUGCUAACGUUAGUCCUUGUUAUAUUAGCUGACAAACGUUCAUGAAAAGUUGGGUUAGUUGCAUGUUCUGCCUGAUUCAGAUAUAUCCAUCAUCAUAACUCUUCUCUCUCAGCUGAAUUAAUUGAUAGCCAGCAAGAUAACAAGCAAUAAUAUAACGUUAGAGGUAUCAAAAGGCUAGCUACACUUUUCACUUUUUGUGAAAGAUGUCUGACAACGGAGUCCUGCCUGUCGAGGUGGACCCAGCAGCAGCUUUCUUAGCCCAGCAAGAAAGCGAAAUAGCGGUGAUAGAGAAUAACGACGAAGGAUUCGGUGCUUUGGACGGAUCCGUUGAGCUUCUCCAGCAACCGCCGGUAACCGAUUCACCUGCUGCUGUAGAAAACCAUGCCGGGUUUGCAGAGGCGUCAGCAGCCACGGUAAACGGAGACAUGUUUGAGCUGGAGUCCAACGGUCCAUCGGACAGCUAUGCGGCCAUCGCCCAGGUGGACUCUCUGAGAGCAGAGCCUGAGAGCCUGCGUAAGUGGAGGGAGGAGCAGAAGGCACGGCUGGAGCAACUAGACUCUGCGUCCAAGGCUGCGGAGGCUGAGUGGAAAGACAAGGCCAAGAAAGAGCUGGAGGACUGGCAUGUGCACCAGAAUGAACAGAUGGAGAAGAACAAGGCCAACAACAGGGCAUCUGAAGAGGCCUUCCUGUCUGAGGCUGACGGUGACAGCCCAGGGACGGAGUGGGAGAGAGUGGCCCGUCUCUGUGACUUCAACCCCAAGACCAACAAGACAGCCAAGGACGUGUCCCGGAUGCGCUCUGUCCUCAUAGCCCUCAAACAGACACCUCUGGUCCGCUAGUCGGGCCAAUGGAACGGAGGGGGUGGUGAUGAUGGUUCCUGUUUCCCUUCCUUUAAAACACCUGCUCGAGUUAGGAACCCUGUUUGCAUUAAGGCAGAACGUCAACUAGUCUCUUAUCAUAUAGGUCUUCUCUUGGUGUAGGGUCCCUUCUUUUUGUGUGCAGACCCUCCUGUUUUCUGCUAUGUUUUGGUGUAGGGUGCCUCCUGUUUUCUGCUCAUGUUUCUAACUUUGGAGGAAAGGUACUUCGCCUCUUCCGCCGUCUUUCCUUAUUCUGAAUGUAUGAAUGAAUGUACCUUAACAUGAACGACUGACCUGCUCUCUGUCCUUUGAACUUCCCUCAGCAAUGCUUCUAUUUGACCACUACAUUACUGACGUUAAGGAAAUAUUGUUACUGUAAAUGCUUUUAUGAAACUCCUUCCCUCUCCUAACCUAUGAGGGCAUUAGGUAAAACCCCUAUCUCUUAA